GUACCUGAGGAUGUUAUGGGCCUCCCAAAGGUUAACGCUGGCAGCAAGAGGGCUGUGACAUCAGAAGUGUGUAGGCUGGGAGUGGAGAGGAGUUUCACCUGUCAGACUUGUUUCCCACGCCUCGUUAAGGCCCGGUGCUGCUCAGCUUGCCUCUCUGCUGCAUUACUUCAGCUGAGAGCUUCCCAAGCCACAGCGUGCCUCUCUGCUGCUCCACCAGAGCCCGUCACCACCAGCAGCUCCAAAAAGUUCAUGAACCACCCAGCUCCAGCCAACAGCCGCUACAAACCCACUUGCUACGAACAUGCUGCUAACUGUUACACGCACGCAUUCCUCAUUGUUCCUGCAAUUGUGGGCAGUGCCCUUCUCCACCGACUUUCUGACGAUCGAUGGGAAAAAAUAACAGCAUGGAUCUAUGGCAUGGGGCUCUGCGCGCUCUUCAUCGUCUCCACAGUGUUUCAUAUUGUUUCUUGGAAAAAGAGUCACUUAAGGACAAUGGAGCAUUGCUUUCACAUGUGUGACAGAAUGAUGAUCUACGUCUUCAUUGCAGCGUCGUAUGCCCCAUGGUUAAAUCUUCGUGAGCUUGGACCUCUAGCAUCUCACAUGCGUUGGUUUAUCUGGCUGAUGGCUGCUGGAGGCACUGUUUAUGUAUUUCUCUACCAUGAAAAGUACAAGAUUGUUGAACUCUUCUUCUAUUUGGCGAUGGGAUUUUCUCCUGCUCUGGUAGUGACAUCCAUGAGCAACACCGAAGGACUCGAGGAGGUUGCCUGGGGAGGCUUGAUCUAUUGUCUUGGCGUGGUGUUCUUCAAGAGCGAUGGAGUCAUUCCUUUUGCCCAUGCCAUCUGGCACGUGUUUGUGGCCACAGCGGCUGCAGUUCAUUACUAUGCCAUUUGGAAGUACCUCUACAGAAGUCCUGCAGACAUCAUUCGUCACUUAUGAUGUACGUGUACGUAUUGGGGUGGGGGGAGAGCUGCACUUGGCCUCUGUAACAGUAUUAUUUGACUUAAGGAAUUUGGGGAAAUUGGAAAAUUGCACAGAAAAACUGCACUGACUUUGGUAGUUCUCUGAACACAAUUACUGUGAACUGAUGCGUGCGUGUCCUGGAAUUGCCCUUCAUAUGGCAAGUGCUGUAACUAAUGGAGGUACUGUACUGCAGUACUCAGAGUCCAUUCCAUGUUAGUAGAACUGGCUACCUGAUGUUUACAAAGAAAUUUUGUAUUCUAGUUUAACUUUGAGGUUUUUUAAUGACAUGAUUUUUCUAAAUUAACGAUUCCAAUGAAGUCAGUGCAAUAGUGAAAAUAGAACUCUUGAUUUGAAAUGGGUUUCUGUCACCCUUCCACUAGCCAUUUGUUAAACAUCAAUCACAGAUGAACGAUCUACUUUUACCACCCAUCAUCUUGAUAUGACUUUUAUAGAAACUUUCCGGGGGUUUUGUAAACUUUAAAAGUACAUUUAUUGAACUGAAAACAAAACUGUCAUCUAUGCAGUUCCUCACGUUGCAAGAUCUUGCAAGAAACGGUUACAUUCCACAUACUGUACUGACAGGCAAACAUUGUACCUCUUCCAAGGGUUGUAGUAUAGGUGUAAUUAUAACCACUUUUGCAAACUAACAUGUAAAUACUCUUCUGCUGAGUUUUAAUGUGAUAAUGGUGUGCUUAUCUAUAAUACCACUUGAACAGCACCGUAAUUUGGCUCUGAGAUGGAAAUGAAGUCAGCUAGAAGAAACUGGCAUUAACCAGUUCUUCAAGAUUCCCACUCUGACUUGGUGCUGUGCAAUAGACGGGGCAGCAGUUUGAUGGAAGCUGCGUUAAUGAAGGCGGCCGGCUAAUAGGCCUCGAUCCAAAACAAAGUUAGAAACUCCUCCAGAGUAUGUAUACUGGUGCUGUAAUAUUAAGGCUUCCAAUUUUCAAAGGGAUUCCAAAUGGGCCGACAAAACCAGCUCCCAGCAUCUUUCCUUGGGGCUUCAGCUGAUGUGUCAUAGGAAACCCAGGUCAGAGCAGUUACUGAGCACAGGGAGGCCGUGGCUAUUGGUUCUCCCCAAGCACAGCCUGCUAGGGAGGAAAGGUGUAAGACCUGAUACAGUGUCACUUGUCAUUCUGGGACUUAAAACACAGAGUAGAACCAGUCUCUACUUGCAUUGCUGUCUUUCUGUACAGGAAAAUAAAACGUGGUAGCAAGACUGUAGAAUGUGCAUUAAAUGACCAGAUGUAGAAGAGUCAUUGUAAUACUGUUUAUCCGAUAAUUGUUCUCUGUCCCACUGUAUAAUGAAUGUCUUAUAUUAAGAUUGACUUUAUCCUUUUUCUAAUUUACUCAGUUUUUCAUGUCAGUAUUUGAAAACGAAACCAAAACGUGUUGCCUUUCUCAGAUUUCGUUCUGAAUAUUGCCUAUCUUCAGAUGACGCGUAGCAAGGUCGGGGCGCUUUUCAAGGCACCACUUACUGUUGCACCUCGAUUGGCCAGGGGGCUGCGUGUUUUAGGUUAGAUCCUUUUGUAAGCAGAGCCUAGCAUUCAAGGCACUGAAGAGGAGUUGCUGUGCAGUGUCAGGAGGUGGCUGGAGAAGCAGCAGCACAGCAGCAGAGCGACCAGGUGGGUGCUUCCAGUGCAACUGUCCCACACAUCCAGAUGCCUCAGUUUUUUAACAUUGUGUCUCUUAUAGUGUUUUCCACUGGGUGAUUUCAUAUGUUUCCUUUAAACGCAGUACUGUUAAAACCACUAGAACACGUGCAAAGGUUUCCUGGAGUCAAAAGUGAAACGGCUGCUCGAAUACGUUUGUUUUAAUUUGAAAUUAAUUUUUUUCCUGGCAUUGCUUUUUGGAGUGUUUGAAAUGGUUUUUAAAAAUUUCAAGUCGCCAAAAAUAUUUUGAAUUACUGUACUCUAGUCAAUAUGAUACUGAAUGUACUAAACUAACAAUAAACAUUUUGUGCAAUUUGGAAA